AUGGAGCAAAACACUCUCAAACGUCGUGGUGUUGGCCUCAUUGGCGUUGACAAGUCCCGCUCCUUCGGCGGCUACACCCUCUUCUGCCCCCUGACCUCCGACGUUGCACACCUCAUCGACAUCGACGGGAACGAGGUUCACCAGUGGAAGCUGCCGGGCCGGAUCGGGCGCCAUGCGCGGAUCCUCCCGAACGGAAACCUCGCCGUCAACACCAUCGACGCAAACCGCAAAGACAUCUUCCCCUUCUUCAACAAGUAUGGCGGCGGCAUCAUGAGCGAGCUCGACCCGGACGGAAAAGUGGUGCGGCAGUUCCAGGACGAGUUCGGCCAUCACGACCAGUACCACUUCGGCGAUGGCCGGCUUUUGUACGCCAGCCUCGAGGCCCUGUCCAAGGAGGACUCUGCCAAGGUCGUGGGCGGCGUGCCCGGGUCCGAAAUCGACGGCAUCACCUACGCCGACACCAUCAAGGAAGUAGACGCCAACGGGAAACUAGUCUGGGAAUGGAAAGUCUCGGAGCGGCUGCCGCGGGAUGAGUACCCGCUCCAAGCGCACUACACACGCGAGCACUACCCCCUCAUCAAUGCCGUCUUCCCCCUCAAAGACGGCAACAUCCUGGCAUCCAUGCGCUCCGUCUCCGCGGUGGUCAUCAUCUCGAAGGCGACAGGCGACAUCAUCUGGAGCCUCAAGUCAGACGUGCUCGCCCAGCAGCACUGCGCCAACGAGCUGCCCAACGGGAAUAUCCUCAUCUUCGACAACGGCGCCUUCCGCGCCGGUGAGUCCAUCAUGUACAGCCGCGCCAUCGAGGUGGACCGCAAGACGAAGGAGAUCGUGUGGGAGUACCGGGACAAGUCGCAGAUGAUUGCUUUUUACACGCCUUUCAUGGGCAGCGCGCAGCGGUUGGAAAACGGGAACACGCUGCUCUGCGAGAGUGGAUUUGGGAGGCUAUUUGAGGUCACUAAGGAAGGGUAUGUUUGCUGGGAGUAUGUCAACCCGCACUUCCAGGCGUAUGAGGAUAAGCGGACAGCUGGGUUGUUUCCGGGUGAGUCGAACGCGUUGUUCCGGGCGUACCGGUAUUCGGCCGAGGAGAUCCCUUGGUUAAAGGAGAAGCUGCCCGAGAGCAGUUGA